AAUGGUAAAAACUGGAAAUAUAAUAUAAAGAGAGUAUACAUUGGUAUUAGAUUUAGAUGAAACAUUGGUGCAUUAUCAAGAAGUAAUUAAAUUAUAAAAUAAUUAGUUUCCAAAAGGAGGUGGAUAAUUUUUAGUUAGACCAUUCGCUGAAGAAUUUUUAGAAACAUUAUCAAAAUAUUAUGAGAUUGUCAUUUUCACAGCAGCUUUGCCAGAUUAUGCAAAUUUUAUUAUUGACAUAAUUGACAAAAAUGAAGUUGUAUAAUAAAGACUUUAUAGAGAUUAAACUGUUUUUAAAGAUGAAGUUUACAUUAAAGUAUUGAUAAAGAUAAUAUUUUCAAGGAUCUGUCAAUUUUAAAUAAAAAUCUAUCCAAAGUUAUUAUUGUUGACAAUAUGCCUGAAAACUUUUAAUUAUAACCAGAGAAUGGAAUCUAUAUUUAAAGUUGGUUUGGCGAUGUAAAAGAUAGAGCUUUAAAAGAUCUUUAGCCACUUCUUGAAUGUAUAUAAUUAUCAAAUAUGAUUUAUAGAAAUUGCUAUAAAAAAGUGCAAAGAUGUAAGAGUUGCUUUAAAUUAAUUCAGAGAAUAGAUGAUAGAAAAGGUUUAAUAAGGGAUUAAAAAUCCAUAUUAAUGUCUUUAAUUGAAUUGAA